AUGGUUUAUAUGAAAUCAAUUACAAAAUACGGAAACAUGGGUUUGGCUGAGCAUAAAGAUUCGCAUGGUGCACCGCUUUGUCCUUGCAGACAGUAUGAUGAUAAAGCAGCUGAGGUUGGACAGGGAUUUUGGAACUGUCCUUGUGUUCCAAUGAGAGAGAGGAAGGAGUGCCAUUGUAUGCUUUUCUUAACCCCUGAUAAUGAUUUCGCCGGGAAGGAUCAGACAAUUACGUCAGAUGAAAUCAAAGAAACAACAGCUCACAUGUGA